CAGCCCGGCGAGCCCAUGGCCGAGCCGGCGCUUCCCACGGAGGGCGGCGGCCGGCGGCGGCGGCGGCGGGAGCCGCCGCUAAACGGCGCCCCGCCUCCCUACCCGUCGGGCGAGACUGCCUGCCCGCCGCCGCGCGCGCCGAACGGCGACGAGGGGCCCUGCCCGCGCUCGGAGGUGGCGCUGCCCUGCUACAAGCGCUACUCGGCCGAGGGCUUUCCGCGCGGCAGGGCGGCCGGAGGGGCCAGCCCGCGGGCUUCGACGUGCUGCGGGCCGGCGGCGGGCGGCGGCCCCUUGGCCAGCCCGCGCAGCAGCCUGGCGGCGACCGAGGCGACACUCAGCCCGCGCUCCAGCUACGCCAGCACAGCCAGCGACACCAGCAAGCACUCUAGCCCGCGCGCCAGCCUGACCGGCUCCUCCGACGGCGGGGGCGGCAGCAAGCCGAGCAGCACCCGCACCAGCGGCAUCAGCAUGGGCUACGAUCAGCGACACGCCAGCCCGCGCUCCUCCGCCGAGCUGGAGGCCGCGGCUGGCCGCCCCCUGGCGCCGUCGGGGGGCGCCGGCGCCGCGGCGCUGGUCAGCCCGCGAUCCAGCCUCUCCAGCCACAGCUCGCGCAGCUCCCGAGGCUCGAUGGGCGCCUACCCGGAACUGCCGGCGCCCUCGCCGCGGGCGUCGAUGGUUCCCGAGGAUGGCGCCCCGGCGCCCCCCGACGCCGCGGCCGACGCCUUUCCGAGACCGCCGGCGAGCCCCGACGUCGCCUCGCUGCUGUGCGGCCCGGCCCCCAAGCUGCGGCUGCCCUUCCAAGUUACGCCGGCGAGGGAGAGCGGCCCCAGCCAGGUGGAGCGGCGGCUGGAGGCGCUGACGCUGGAGCUGGAGAAGGAGCUGGAGAUGCACGUGAGGAAGGAGUACUUCGGUAUUUGUAUCAAGUGUGGAAAGGGGGUGUAUGGGGCCAGCCAAGCUUGCCAAGCCAUGGGGAACCUUUACCACACCAACUGCUUUACGUGCUGCUCUUGUGGGAGAAGAUUGCGAGGGAAAGCCUUCUACAAUGUUAAUGGAAAAGUCUACUGUGAAGAAGAUUUCCUAUAUUCAGGGUUUCAGCAGACAGCAGAUAAGUGCUUCAUUUGCGGCCAUCUCAUAAUGGAAAUGAUUUUGCAAGCUCUUGGGAAGUCAUACCAUCCUGGCUGUUUCCGCUGUGUGGUGUGCAAUGAAUGUCUGGAUGGCAUACCCUUCACUGUAGAUGUGGAGAACAAUAUUUACUGUGUCAAAGACUAUCACACGGUUUUUGCACCCAAGUGUGCUUCCUGUAAGCAGCCUAUUUUGCCAGCCCAGGGUUCUGAAGAGACCAUCCGGGUGGUGUCAAUGGACAGGGAUUACCACGUGGAAUGUUAUCACUGCGAGGAUUGUGGACUCCAGCUGAAUGACGAGGAAGGCCAUCGAUGCUAUCCAUUAGAGAGACGCCUGCUCUGCCACACCUGUCAUAUUAGGCGCUUGAGCACUAAAGUGUCGGCACACUCUCCCCCUGGGUACCCCAUGCAUAUCACUGAACUUUGAGGCUUCCACUUGCCAUCUACUCAAGACCAGGAAGAAGACAACUUGCUGGGAAAACAGCUCAACAAAAUACUUUCUAGAAAGACGCAGCCACAAUUAUUUAUUGCUUCUAAGAUUGGGAAGGAAGGGCCACCUCUUUGGGUCGGUGUACAAUUUGCCCAAGUAAUUCUUUCCAAGAUGCUGGUACUUGAAAAAUGAUGCACCUCAUGGAUUGGAUGGCAAAAGGGCAUGAUAUCAGAGCUGUUGGGAUGACUGGCGAUCCAUUAAUGUUGGCUUGCUUCCAUUUUUACCGUUGGUUGGUUGAGCUCCCAGAAGAAUCUUAAUCUUCCCAACAGGAAAGAGACCAAAAAGGCUUUUACUGUAUUUUUAGGUCUUCUUGCACUCUGACCUUGUGUGAGGGGCACAGUGGUGGUUGAAUGCAUAAAAAGAUUGAUGGCCAGAUUGAAUGUUACUUAGAAACAACUGACUCCAGUGUGGGAGAUACCUGUUGGCUUUCCAUCCUGUUCUUUUGUUGAGUUUCUGUGCAAAACAAGAAUGAAAGAGUGUGCAAAACAUCA